AUGCAGAUGCAGAUGCACAGACAUGCAUCAGUCUUGCUAUAUCUACCUCUGACUCAUCGCUCGGAUGCGGAGUCUGCUACUGUCUACUGUAUUACCCUAUGGACACUUUGUGUCCCGUUGUCCAUGGCUGGCUGGAAUCUUGUCUGUGGAGAUUGGAAGAUCAGCGAGUCUGCAGCAAUGCCAACAGCAGGUACUCUAUCAACGAGUGUCCUCUUCUUUCGCUCACCUCUUCUGCCUUGGGAAGUUUCUACCAGAUACAAAAAUCCGAAUCCGAAUUGUCAACCGCUGACGAAACAAAAACCAAAGGUGAGCGAGUCACCGUCGAGUCACGUCAAGUCAUCUGGACAAAAUUCCCCAUACAUACCUACCUACCCUUCCUUGGUUGUCGCUAAACUGUGUUUGGUCCCGCCUGCAUACAGUAUGCACGCAUUUAUCCGCGUCGUAUAUCGCAAUACAAUACAGUAUAAUAAUCGUCCCGUCAAUCCGUAUCGUGUCGUGUCGGGAUAUAGAGACAACCUACAAGGCAAGGUCACGCGUACCAGCCAGUGCACCUCGACUUUCCCUGUUUUUUCGCUCUGUCAGGAUUUCCUCUUUCGGACUCGCGAAGCGGCGCGUUGCCUUGAAAGGAAGGAUGGGGAUCAGUGGCUGUGGGCCAAAGAGAACAGUCAGUCGACUGAUGCAUGGUGUCAGUCAUCGCCAUCAUUCAUCAUGCCUUUCUUGGGAAAUGAUUAG